GGUAUCAGGGAAGAUAUUUAACUAACAAACAUCACCAAAACUUCGUUUACACAGUCGUUUUCUUAACUUAAAGACAGAAAAGUAAGACGGGGUUUCAAAUUCACUGGAAUAGUAUAAACCAACAGAAAGUUUUCAACAAGGGUUACAUACCUACCAGCUUCUUAUAAUCCAACUGCUAAUUUGACAUGGCUUUGACAAAUCUAUCUUUCAGUCGUGGCGUCCUGCUUGGUGGUUUAAUAGGUGAUUGUUAUGGCUAUGUUUUUGAAGACAAGCCAACAACAACGUUUGACAUUGCUUCUCAGUUGUUUCACAAGACUCUUAGCGGUGCUGAUAAUAAGAUGUUAAUAUACACUGAUGAUACUCAAAUGGGUCUUGCAAUCCUACGCUCCGUUAGAUCUCAGAAUGGUUAUAAUCCUGAACAUUUGGCGAGAGAGUUUGCAACGGAUUAUUUUGAAGAUGGAGCGCAUAGAUACUAUGGCGGAACUAUAGGACGUAUUUUUACUUCAAUGAAGAAAGCCAACUACAAGGACCCUUAUAAGUAUGCUGCAGAACUGUUUGACGGGACAGGAUCAUACGGUAAUGGCGGGGCUAUGAGAGCUGCACCUGCAGCACUUUAUGCCUUGAGGUUUUCUGAAUACGAUCUUGAAAGAUUUAUUGUUGAUGUUACUCGUCUAACGCAUACUCACCCUUUGGCUGUCUGUGGUGCACUUAUACAAGCCUAUGCAGUUCGAAAGAUUUUCUUUCUAGCCUGUGAUCGUAUUAAAUUGGAUCCGUUUAAAUUUGUUGACUAUUUAUUACAAAGACUUGAGAGGACUGAAUACUCGUUUGUUAACUUCAAAAUUCCUAUGUGGAGACAAGCGCUUGAGGCAUACAGAGAAAGAUUCGAACAUGUAAAGUAUUUGCUUUCAGCUGGAACAGAGCCUUCAAUCAAAGAUGUUGUUGGUCGUUUAGGUAAUAAUUUGGAAGCUAUCAACUCUGUACCAACUGCAAUCUAUGUAUUUUUACGUAGUUUAACUCCUAUACCUGGUAUCAACUUUGAUUCAGUUCUUCUUCGUUGUGUAAUCUAUGCCAUUGGACUUGGUGGUGACACAGAUUCAAUCGGUUGUAUGGCUACUGCACUGGCUGGUGCUUAUAUCGGUGUUCCAGUAAAUGAUAAUUACGGUGUACUACCCAGAAGUAUUAUUACACGUUGUGAACGUUAUAACAUAAUUGAAGAAUAUGCUCAAUGGUUAAGUACUAGAAUAUAACUAAAAAGAAAAAUGUCUUGAUUGUUUAACACUAAGCCUUUUUUUAACUUGAUUUUUUCUACACUUCAUUUUGUUUUGUUUGCUUUUUUUCAUCCAUGCUUCUUUUUAAAACAAAAAAAUUAUUUCUAUAUUUCAUAAAUCAUAAGACUCUAACCGCAUAUAUCAUGUGAUUUUUUAUGGCACAUCACUUUCAACAGAUUGAGAUUCGUGUUGUUGUUUUUUUAUUCAAAUAAUGAUAAUAAUAAAAAUCAAGACUAUAUACAUAUAUAUAUUUAUAUAUAUUAUCUCUAUGGUUUCUUAUGCUUGCUAAUUCACACGUACCUCAAUAGAUUGACAUUUUGAAAACAAGUUGAAGAAGAAGCAAAAGAAGCAGAAUUUCUUUCUCUCCUGAGAUUCAGUGAAUUGUUUACCACCUUCAGUGUAUGCCAUGGGAUAGAGUUAAUGUUGUUGUUGUUGUUGUUGUGCUUUUCUUGUCGUUUUUGACAAAAUAAUUUUAGCCUUCUGUAAGUCAG